CGACCCUUGAACCUCAAGCGUCAACACCCUUCCAACUAAUCCAGCCCGCGGGGGCAACAAUCGAAGAAGGGUUGUGCAACUCUUCGAGAGAGAGAGAAAGAGAGGCGGUGAAAGGCGGAACGCCACCGACCGAGCCUUCCUCCUAGUUGGUAUCCGCAUUGGAUUCUAGGGUUUCGUCCUCUCCGGCACGCGGGUCGCCGUGAAUCCAGGAUGCCGCUGGUUGACCUUUUCAUUCCUUUUGGGCUUUGUAACUCGUAAGCUUUGGGCAUUGGAGUUGCAAGGGGGAGGAUAGCAUACUUCUGUGAGUUUCAUGGGUUCUCGCAUAAUCACUCCUGAGGAUGUUUUAGAGUCUCUGAUGGAUGAUGGAACCAUAGAUGCCAUCAGAUUGAAGAUCAUUAACCAACUAAAGGCCAAUGAAGGGCUUAAAAACAAUACAAUCACUAUGGUGGAGCAAAGCAAAGUUCUUAACUCCCAUGGUGCAGAGAAACAGACUAAGAGAGAGUUAUUUGAUGCACUACGACGUGAACUUGAAAUUCAGGUGCUUGAGAAGGCAUCAAGGGCUGUUUGGGAGCUGAUUCUCGAUGAGAGUGACUUGGGAAAGGAGAUCAGCGAAACAGUUGAAAGAGUCUUCUGUAGAUUAAGUGGCCAAGAGUUUUUGCCACCAUCCCCGCCUACUACAAGUUAUGUUCAUGAGUCAAAUAAAGUAGAAGAACCACAGGAAACGGAAGCAGAGAAGGUGAAGGAUAUAGAGAUGUCUGAGUCAUCGACAAAGAAAAGGACCUUCAGCGAAAUGAAUCAUUAAUAAUACCUUUGGUUAGGUUUACAAAGAGACUCAAUUGCAGGAUUUACUCCUGAACCCAAAGAGUUUGGGACAAUUCUUUUGAUUGUUUUUGUAUUAUCUUUCCCUUCAAAUUAUAAAUGCUAACGGAGAUUUGAUUGAACAAGAGGACGGAUAGGACCAAGCGAAGAUUCAGUUUAUUGUAGUUGUAGAGGUGCUGUUAUAUUAUUAUAAUGCUAUAUG